GCCGGCCUCGGGAGCGCGCCCUCUCGCUGGUGCGCGCGCUCGCAAUCUCCGCCACCCACCAGCUCCUGCACCAGCCGCAGCGCCGCCGCCGCCGCCGCCGCCGCCGCCCACCUUCUGCCGCCGCCACCACAGCCACUUUCUCCUCUCUUUCCUCUACUGUCCUCGCCCUCUGUCGACUAUCAGGUGGGCCUUGACCCAGGAUGGCUGAGCCCCGCCAGGAGUUCACCGCGACAGAAGAUCAUGCUGGAACGUACGGAAUGGAGGAGAGGAAGGAUCUCCCCUCUCAGGGGGGCUACACCCUGCUGCAAGACCACGAGGGGGACAUGGACCACGGCCUGAAAGAAUCUCCCCUGCAGACCCCCGCCGAUGACGGAUCUGAGGAACCGGGCUCUGAAACCUCUGAUGCUAAGAGCACGCCGACGGCCGAAGACGUGACCGCACCCUUAGUGGAUGAGGGAGCCCCCGGCGAGCAGGCGGCCGCUCAGCCCCACACGGAGAUCCCAGAAGGAGCCACAGCUGAGGAAGCAGGCAUUGGAGACACCCCCAGCCUGGAAGACCAAGCUGCUGGACACGUGACUCAAGAAAUGGAGUCCGGGAGUGUCAAGGCUGUCCAGGAGAGCCUCCUCGGGGAGCCAGGGCACCAUCCAGGUGAGGCCGCUGACCCAGGCACCCUAGGUCUGAUGGGCCAGCAUGUGUCCUACACACCUGGGGCUCCCAUUGAGCCUGAUGGCCCCAGGGAGACCACACGCCAGCCUUUGGGGACAGAACCUGAGGACACAGAGAGCAGUUGCCAUGGUUUGGAGCCGCUGGAGCACCAGCUUUUGGGAGACCUGCGCCAGGAGGGGCCACCUCUGAAGGGGGACCAAUGCAAAGAGAGGCGGGGGGGCAAGGAAGUCGACGAAGAUCGUGAUGUGGACGAGUCCUCGCCUCAGGACUCCCCUCCUUCCCAGGUCUCCCCAGGUCUGCAGAGCUCCCCCACCCAAGGCGGGCCACACCCCCCCACAGUUUCCAGAGGAGCCGCUGGCUUCCCCGGUUUCCCAGCUGAGGGUGCCAUCCGCCUCCCUGUCGAUUUCCUCUCCAACGUCUCCACAGAGCUCAAGGCCUCAGAGCCCCACGGGCCCAGCGCAGGGCCCACAGUGGAAGGGCAGGACACGCCCCCCAAGUUCACCUUCCACGUGGAAAUCAAAGCCAACGUGCAGAAGGAACAGGGACAUUCAGAGCUGGAUUUGGAAGGGGCUGCCCUUCCAGGGCCCCCUGGAGAGGAGCAAGAGCCCCAGGGCCCUUCUGAGGGAGAGGACACAAAAAAGACUGACCUUCCAGAACCUUCUGAAAAGCAGCCUGCCGCUGUUCUGCCAGGAAAGCCCGUCAGCCGGGUCCCUCAGCUCAAAGCUCGCAUGGUCAGUAAAGGCAAAGAUGGGACUGGACCCGAGGACAAAAAAGCCAAGACAUCCACACCUUCCUCUGCUAAAACCCUGAAAACUAGGCUUUGCCUUAGCCCCAAACGCCCCACUCCUGGUAGCUCAGACCCUUUGAUCAAACCCUCCAGCCCUGCCGUGUGCCCAGAGUCAUCUUCCUCUCCUAAACACGUCUCUUCUGUCACACCCCGAACUGGCAGUUCUGCAGCAAAGGAGAUGAAAGUCAAGGGGGCGGACGGUAAAACCGGAACGAAGAUCGCCACACCCCGGGGAGCGGCCCCUCCAGGCCAGAAAGGCCAGGCCAAUGCCACCAGGAUUCCAGCGAAAACCACGCCCUCCCCAAAGACCCCGCCCGGUGAAUCUGGGAAAUCCGGGGAUCGCAGUGGCUACAGCAGCCCCGGCUCCCCGGGCACUCCUGGCAGCCGCUCCCGCACCCCAUCCCUGCCAACCCCACCCACCCGGGAACCCAAGAAGGUGGCGGUGGUCCGUACUCCACCCAAGUCGCCGUCUUCAGCCAAGAGCCGUCUGCAGACCGCUCCCGUCCCCAUGCCAGACCUGAAGAAUGUUAGAUCCAAGAUCGGCUCCACCGAGAACCUGAAACACCAGCCAGGAGGCGGGAAGGUGCAGAUAAUUAAUAAGAAGCUGGAUCUUAGCAACGUCCAGUCCAAGUGUGGCUCAAAGGAUAAUAUCAAACACGUGCCAGGAGGCGGCAGUGUGCAAAUAGUGUACAAACCCGUGGACCUGAGCAAGGUGACCUCCAAGUGCGGCUGGGAAGGAUGGCGGGGAUGGGCUGAUGAGGGGAGCGCUGGAGGCGGCCAGGUGGAAGUCAAGUCUGAGAAGCUGGACUUCAAGGACAGAGUCCAGUCGAAGAUCGGGUCCCUGGACAACAUCACCCAUGUCCCCGGCGGAGGGAAUAAAAAGAUCGAAACCCACAAGCUGACCUUCCGCGAGAACGCCAAAGCCAAGACUGACCACGGGGCGGAGAUCGUGUACAAGUCGCCUGUGGUGUCCGGGGACACAUCUCCGCGGCACCUCAGCAACGUGUCCUCCACGGGCAGCAUCGACAUGGUAGACUCGCCCCAACUCGCCACGCUAGCCGACGAAGUGUCCGCCUCCCUGGCCAAGCAGGGUUUGUGAUCAGCCCCUGGGGCGCUCAGUGAUCGUGGAGAGGAGAGUGUGGGAAAAAAAA